CAGUGAGAGUGUUAAAGCACAGUUCCACCCAAAAGGGGAAGUUCCACUUUAAAGAUUGUUCCCCGCUCCCCAUUAAGGAUUGGCACCUUUGGGGAGCGGGUACCCAAAUUUGACAGGUACCCACUCCCACUUCCGCUCCAAUCGCCUAGGCGAUCGGAAGUGGAAGGUGUUCUCUCUUCCUCCCUCCCCGUAGUCUUCUGGGACACAUGACAGGUCCCAGAAGACUACAGGACCAUUCAGGAAGCGCAGCGAUACUCGCGCAUGCGCAGUGGGUACCCUACUGUGAAGCCGCAAGCUGUCAUAGCCGGGUGCCCACACUGAAGAUGCCAGCACCCAUGGAGAGAAGACGGCCGGUAAAACGAGCUGCAGUGGACACACCGAGGGACCGAGGGACAGGUAAGUGGCUGUUU